GUGCUGUCCUUGCUGCUGCUGUUGCGGUUUGCGUCCACAAAACCAAGCCAUGUACAGUACAGCUACAUCCAAAAUACUGGACAUAUACGGAGUACAUGGCUAGCAUUAUUUGCCGUUCCCAAGCCAUGUACUCGUCUAGACAUAGCAGUUGAGUCCUCAUCUCUUUAGCCCAGCCCCAUCCUCCCAUCACCAUCAGUCGCAGCCAGCCAGCCAGCCAUGUCAACCACCACGAAAGCCCCCGGCUUGGCCUCAGAUGGUUACGACCGCCGCCGAGAGCUGCAGGCGUUCGACGACACCAAGGCCGGCGUCAAGGGCCUCGUCGACGCUGGCAUCACGGCCGUCCCCGCCAUCUUCCGACAUCAGCAGCAGCAGCAGCAGGUGACCACCUCAAUAUCCUCCCCAUCCUCCGUGCUUAGCUGCAGCAUCCCGGUGAUAGAUCUCUCGGUGGCGGACGAACCACGGGGCCGACAGGAGGUGGUCGCCCAGGUGAAGGCGGCCUCGGAGACGGCGGGGUUCUUCCAGGUGGUGAACCACGGCGUGCCCGGCGACCUCCUGUCCGAGAUGCUUGCGUCGGUCAAGAGGUUCAACGAGGAGGCUGCGGAAGAGAAGCGGCCCUACUACACGCGGGACACAGGCCGCAAGGUCAGGUUCAACUCCAACUUCGACCUGUUCCAGUCGCCGGCGGCUAACUGGCGCGACACCCUCUUCUGCGAGGCGGCGCCGGAGCCGCCGCGCCUGGAGGAGCUGCCCGUCGCAGUCAGGCACGCGCUGUUGGAGUACGGUGCUGCCGCGCGGACGCUGGCGGUGCGGGUGCUGGAGCUGCUCUCAGAGGCCCUUGGGCUGGCCCGGGAUCACCUCAGGGAGAUGGGCUGCGUGGAGGGCCUGAGCGUGGUGAGUAACUACUACCCGCCGUGCCCGGAGCCGCACCUCACCCUCGGCUGCAGCAGCCACUCCGACCCCAGCUUCCUCACCGUGCUCCUCCAGGACGACGACCACGCCAUGGGCGGCCUGCAGGUGCUUCUUGAUCAUCCUGCUGCUGGUGCCAGGUGGGUGGACGUCCCUCCUCUGCCCGGCGCUCUCCUCAUCAACAUCGGCGACCUUCUCCAGCUUGUCAGCAACGGCCGAUUCAAGAGCGUGGAGCACAGGGUUGUCGCCAACAAGAGCAGGGACACACCCAGGGUGUCGGUGGCAUGCUUCUGCAACGCGGACAUAGCAAGAUCCACACGGCUGUAUGGCCCCAUCGCAUCGGAUGACCCGCCGGUGUACAGGAGCGUUACGGUGCCGGAGUUCCUGGCGCAUUAUGACAAGAAAGGCCUCGAUGGUCGCCCUACGCUCCACUACUUCCAACUACCCAAAUAAAUCUUAAUUUGGCCGUCCAUAUCAUUCCCCUCUUUAUCAACAAUAUAUGUCUUGGUAAUAAAAAUUGAUAUCUAUGUUGAUUGGGACAUGACUAUAUUCUUGAAUGAUUAGUUUUCAGAUUAAAUCUGUAAUAUUUUCCGGUUUCA